GGGGGCGGGGGCGGACCGGGAGCUGCGGCUGGAGCUGCGGGGGCUGGGGGCGUUCGGGAACCGGGUGCUGUUUCUGGAGGUGGCAGAUGACGGGACGGCGCAACAAACACCCGCACCAGCAGCAGCAACAGCAACAGCGCCAAUGGCAGAAGCGGCGGCGACCCUGCCCGUGGCUGCUGCAACGGAGGAGGCAGGGGGUCAGGCAGGAGGUCAACAAGUAGGGGUUGAGGCGGGGAGGGGCGGCGCAGCAAAGGUUGAGGCCGGCAGUGACGACGCGUUUGACGCCGGCAAGGCCGGGGCUGCGAAACCUUCAGACGGAGGCUGCGGCAGCGGUGCGGGCUGCAGCAACGGGACGGUUGCGGGCAGCGGCGGGGGCGGCAGGGCGGCAGUCAAGGAGCGUGACAAUGACGGCAGCGGCAGUGGAGGGAACGGUAGGAGCGACAGCGGCGGCGACAACGAUGGUAUGCGUGCUGCGGUGAUGCGGCUGCAGUCGGUGGUUGCAGCGCACUUCGGAGAGCUCAAGUUUGCUGAGGCGGAGCGCCCCUUCGCGCCGCACGUCACCAUCGCCAAGGUGGGCUACCGGCCGCCCCCGCCGCGACACCAGCGGCAGCAUCGGGGGGCCGGCAGCGGCAGCAACAACACGGGGAGCAACAACAACACGGGGGGCAACAACACCGGCAGCAGCAACACCGGCAAAGGCGAGGACAGCAUUAACGAGGGCAAUAACGGCUGUGGGCCGUCCGGCUGCGAGCCCGGCGCGGGAGUCCUCAAAGCUGGUGAAGGAAGCGUCGUGGGCGGUGCUGCGUUGGGUGGAGCCGCUGCCGCUUUGAAUGCCACUGCUAUUGCUACUGCUGUUACUGCUACGGCCGCUUCGAUGGCUACUGCUGCUGCUGCCGACGGCGCUGCUAGCUCCGCUGCAACAGCAACGACAGUAGUCGCCGCAACCACCACCACCACCGCAACCACCAGCACCAUGUCGGUUACGGACGAGUACGGCAACCACAUCAUACACGUUGCCGUACAACAACCUGCCGCGGAGGAGCAGCACCAGCAGCAGCCGCCCCAACAGCCGCUGAGAAACAUCCCGCGGGCUGCCUACGGGGCUCUGAUGGACAUUGACGCAGGCUGCGUGCAUGUAGACCGGGUGCAGCUGUGCGCCAUGAGUGGCCGCCCGCCGGGGGGAUACUACCGCGUGCUGGCGGAGGUGAUGCUGGGGGGCGACCUGGAUGCCGGUGGCGGAGGUGGCGGUGGCGAAGGCGGAUGUGAUGGGAGCAUGGAGCAAAGCACCAGGGGCACCCAGGAUUGCAGCCGGCCGGAUGGUAGGACUGCGACCGAUACCGAUACGUCGGCUGCGGGAAGGCCGAGAGCGAGUGCGGCGGCGGGGUCGGUGCUGCGGCCGUACCCCGGGUACCACCCUGCGGUACUGCUGUCGGAGGAGGCGGCGGCGCUGCUGCGGGUGGCGGCGGCGGUGCAGCGGGCGGAGGAGGAGGCGGC